UUUUAGAAUUUCUGUCCAAUAACUUUCAUGGAUUGGCACGACGAAGGUUUUUUCUUCAACCUUUACCAGAACAUAUGCGUCAUGUUUCGUCGCCUAUUACGAAUUACAUUAAAUUGGUUCAUGCUAAUGGUAACUGGCAAAACGGAGCUUGAAAGAAUUUUAACUUGGAAAACCAGUAGUCGUGGUCGGAUCACAGCAGAAGUGGAAAAACUCAUUGGUGAAGGAGAGCUACCAACAAUGCCGAGGUUUUGGAAGGCUGGACAGGAAGACAAACUUGCAACAGAAAUCGUCAAGAGAUUCUGUUCAGAAGUGAACAAUGAACAGUUUGGAGAGAUGAGAGAUGUACUAAAGAGGUCAUUGGGCCAAAUACGUGGCUACCGAGAAUUAUGUGAUCAUGUCGAGGAAAUGUGUAAGGAGAAGUAUGAUCGUGGUAAUGAAAUUCAUGAGAAAAGAUUGCUCAGACUAUGGGAACUUUUAAUGCCAACGGAAGAUCUGGAAGCUAGAAUGACGGGUCAGUGGCAGAAGAUUGGAUUUCAGGGUCACGAUCCGUCAACUGAUUUCCGAGGUAUGGGAAUUCUUUCGCUGGAACAGCUGAUUUUCUUGGCACAAUACGAUGUUGCACAUGCACAGUCAAUACUUUCUCUUUCAAAUCAUCCUUUGUAUGGUUUUCCAAUGGCUGUAACAGGAAUCAAUUUGACAGCUCUGGUUAGACGAUUACUACAAUGCGAUGCAUUAAAAAUGCACUUUUACAAUACUAUUUGCGGCACGCCAACAAUCGAUAACUUCCACCACGUUUUUUGUCAAGUGUUCAAACUGUUCUGUGCAUUUUGGACGAGAAGGAGACCGGAGCUGAUAUAUUUCAAUAAAAUUAAAGAUGAUUUUGAAGCCCAGUUAAUGGUGCACUUACAUUCGGAGGAAGCCAACUUGGACAAGUUAGAUAUAAGAUUUUUUGAGUAACUAAAAUUUUGCAGAUUUGCCAAACAUCCUAGCCAACCUUACCAAUCUUUUCAAUCUACACCACUGUAAAGCAUGCCAAUGUAUUAAGAACUACUCCGAUCUUCCCUACUCUUGCUUUAAAAUUUUAUCUUGAACACUAUGUAUAAGCUCUCACGUCAAAACUAGAUAAUUCCGAAGCUUGCACUUCGGUGGGAAAACCGAAAGCGCUCAGACUAAACUGGGCGCGACGACAGUACCAAGGAGCAGUUGAGUAUGCAGUCUUUCAGUGCAACGUGCUAAUUCUGUCAUUUUGGCAGUCAUAAUAAAUUAUUCAUCAGUUGUGCAACAAAUGAUAUGUAACAGAACGUCUGAAAUUCACAAAUCUCGAAUAAAUGAAGGCUG